UUUAUACUCAUACUCCUGAGUACAAUUGUGUCGAAAAGGCAUAUGAAUAACCGGUGCACCGGUUGAGUGUGUAUACCCGUGUCGUUCUCUGUUGUGAGAACAACCGAUAACGAAGUAGAGGUUCAAUCGAAAGCCGCAGUUCAGUUUAAGUUUCAGUUCAAGAUUGACAAUCGCAGUUGUAGAUUCAGUUAAAGAUUCAUAAUUUACCUAUUCCAUAUUAUCCUUGCAUCUCUACAUUUAUAAAUAUUUAUUUUGUGAGUAAAAAGAACGAAAAGUUGUAAAAAUGGUAAAACCUUUGGAAAAAGCUUGUGGCAUGGAACUUCGCACCGCUGGUUUAAUUAUUGGCUGGUUAGGAGUGUUUGGAAACGUUUUGUAUUUUUGUAUGGCGGCUGUGGCUGUUACUUUGGUAAAAGCGAUUAAGGAGGCUGAAUAUGAGUCAGCAGAAAAUGGCAAAGAGGCAAGAUCACAUGACCAAGCAGAAGCUGCUGCUACCGUAAUCGGCGGUAUCCUCAUGGGUGCUAGCAUCUUGGGUGCUGUGAUAUCAGGAUUACUCAUAUACGGAAUAAAGCAGAUCCGACAUUCUAUGUUGCUCCCCUGGUUGGUGUUAGGUGCUCUUGGCAUUGUAUUCAGCUGUUACCAAUUGUUGCUAUGCUUGUGGGACUUUGUUGCUGGUUCACACAAUUUCCAAGUCUUCUUGUUCCAAGUAUUUUCUACCGGUCUGUGUGGCUACAUUUAUUAUGUAAUUUACUCACUAUACACACAUAUGAAAAAAGGUAGCGGAAAGGGUCGCGUAUUGACUCCGCCACGAGCAGCAGCAGUACCAUUGCAACAAACCGUGCCUACCGCAAAUCCCCCUAACGUAUAUCCCACUAACGCCGAAUAUCCUCCCAACGAAUAUCCAACUACCUACCCCACCGAUAAUAAGGUAUAAGUUCGGGAAACCUCGUCUUUGUUAUAUGUAUCGCCACUUAUGGAAGCUUACUCAUCGAGAUUCCCAUCACCUUAAAAGGACACCAAAUAAGAGAAUAUCAAAUAUUGACGAAUAUUUACACUGCGAAUAUUAUUAUUAAUGACACUUCUUAGCAUUUAAAAAACCUAAAGCCGAUUACCAACAAAAUAAUUAACUUACUGCAUACUAACUAUAUUGUCGUUUAUUAGAUUCAAUUAAUUAAUAUUAAUAACACCAUUGUUUAUUCGUUUACCACAACAUUUAAUUAUGGCCUCAUGAACACAGGUUUUAAAUUUAUUAAAAAGAUUAGAAAUGUGACUCAAUCACUGUUCAACAUUUCUGUGCACUUAACUUUCUUGGUUUUAUUCAUAAUGCAUAUAUGUGUAUAAAUAUAAAUAUGACGGAAUUUUUUCUGGAGUCUUAAAAAAAAAAAACUUAAAAAACCACAUAAAUUGUUUGACUCCAACGAAAAUUUGUUAAAAUUAA